GCGGCGUUAACCACAACUCACAUAUUGUACAUGUGUGAAGAUUUAUUUUGGAUCUGUUUCUUUGUUGCAGGUGGCGACAUAUUCGAGAAGGAAUUACUGGUAGAUGGCCGACGAAUUCAACUCAACUUUGUGGACACCGCCGGGCAGGCUGACGUCAAGUCUCUCAUUCGGAGUAUAUACAGAAACGCAAACGGCAUUAUGGUUGUGUUCGACAUUACGAACCAGAAGAGCUUCGACACGGUUGGUGAAUGGAUGGAAAGGGUGACACAGGAAAUUGAACCCCAGCCACAUGUGAUACUGGUCGGAAACAAACAAGACCUCACAGCCCACAGGGAAAUACCCAUAGGCCAAGCCCGUGCGAAAGCGGAUUUUUACAGUACUCCAUAUUAUGACGUCAGCGCAAAGACAGGUGACAAUGUCAAGGAGGCAUUUGAGACCUUCAUCCGUGAGACCUGGCGGAAUAUACAACCGAAUUCGGACGCGGGAUUUGAGAGAUCUAUCCACAUUGAAGAAACCGAUGGAGAGAACAAAGAAAGGUGUUGUACCAGCUGACGGCGCCGGGGUCACCGUGACCUUCACCUUCAUUCCACACACAACAUCUCACUGGGAACCGUCAUCUGUUGGUGCAGUGGCUUAAAUCAGAGACGCGAUCAGAGACAUUGCACACCUUCGAGCAGGCUCGUCGUGAAACAAACAAUUUUAGAGCAAGUGGACAUCAUGGUGGCAAAUCCACACUGUCUGCACGUGCAGACCCAGUCAAAUUAGCUAGUCUGUUGCGGAUGGUUUACAGUCACAGAACACCAACAGUUGGAACACUAAACUGUCAAAUAUGCAACACCCAUGUGAAGUUAAAAAUACCGGAUCCUGGCUUUACGGAUCUGCUGCAGUGAUGAAUGAGUGAGUUUAGUUUUACGCCGCUUUUAGCAAUUAUCUAGCAAUAUCACGGCGGGAACACCAGAAAAAGGGCUUCACACAUUGUACCCAUAUAGAGAAUCGAACCCAGGUCUUCUGCGUGACGAGCAAACACUUGAACCGCUGCCCCCGCAGCAAUGAAUUUAAAUUAAGAAUCACGUGAUCAGUAACACCUUUGGGAAAUCGAUGUUGCCCUCCAUUGCAAACUGACCUAUUAACUGUGUUUGUUUCUUAUUGCUGUUCUUCCUUGGUAAUUUCUCCACCCGAUGUUGGCAAAGUAUCCGCAGUAAUCUUAUACCAGUGAGUCUUAGCUGACAGUCGUCUUAUCAUGUGAUAACGUUUUUGUAUGUAUAGGUUAAGCCCCUAAAUGCCUUUCAUUUGAUAAUAUGUUGCACGAAUGACAUCGUCACGUUUUGCUAUGUCAAUUCGUUAUUACUACAGCACAAUAAAGUAUAUACCUUGUCAAACCUC